UCAGAAGGCCCAGUGGAUUAUUGUGAGUGCGAAAACAAAACCUAAGCCGUAUUUAUCUCGACGCGCAAUGAGGCUAGGUGAUAGUCGUCUGAGCUGCAAAGAAAUCGGGAAUAACCAGAAGUCCUCGAUUAGGUCGCCACCUAAUCCCCAUCUGAUCCGCCUGUGAAUCCCCCCUUCAGGUGACUGCUCUCGGACAACCAGUCUGCCGCAACAUCCAAUGCCCGUUCGAAUAGAAAAGAUAUCGCAGUAGAAAGGUAACCAUAAGCCAGCGAAAAGAGGAGGAUCUAUGGCGCCCUUCAAGCUCAAGUUCCGGAUGGGCAGUUCGCGCAGCACCUCGCAGGAGCACGAUCCCGAUCCGCAGGUCAAUGAGGCGCUCCUGGGCGCCCAGAGCCAGCAGCAGGCGCAUCCGCAGCCACUCCAGGAGGCGGUGGAGGCCAGUAGCAGCUCCAGCCUCGAUCUCGCCGAUUCCAGCAGUCUCGGCCAGCUGAGCAGCGAGAGGAAGCUGCUCCUGCCGCCCACCACCAACAACACCAUGCGAUUGGGAUAUCUUAACCAGAGCCGCACUCCGUGCAUCAACGAAUCAUUGACGGAUACUGAUGCGGAUACCGUGCCCACCACCCCACCGCCUUCCUACGAGCAUGUGCUAGAAGAGAACACCCGGCUAUCCCAACACCAGCGACAGUUGUCCCUGGACAGCGCCACUCCGAACCAGAACAGCCGGCGCAGCUCGGCGAACAGCUCGCGACACAGUGCCGCCCAGCUGAGUGCCGCCUUGGAGCAGCUGGCCGGGAAUGGAGCAUCCGGAGCCGGGGACUUUUGCAAUGACCCGGACUGCAGGCAGAAUUUGAACAACAACGUUGCCACCGGUGGCCACAGCAGCAGCCACAUUCAGAGCAACAACAACAACGACGGAGAGCAGAUCUUCGAGGGCGUCACCGAACUGGAACUGCGGAGCGACAACGAGGAGCAGCUGAGCAUCAACGAGUUCCUGCUGGAGACGGAGAUGGCGGCCUCGCCAUCGCGCCGUGGGGAGGAUCGAUAUGCGGCUGGAGGAUCUGGGUCGGGAGUGGAUGAGGAUCAGUGCCAGGACGACCAGUGUGCCCAGUGCAGCGAGGAACGUGCCUGUGGCGAGGGUGGUGGUGGUGUUCACGGGGCGUCCUUCGACGUGGAUGCAGCCAGCACAAGCAGCCAGGCGGCGACCUCAUCCGGAGGUGGACAUAACUUCUACGAUCCACUCUUGAAUCGAGGCAGCUAUGGCAACUACAGUGAAGGUGGCAAUGCGAGUUCGGGACCUGCUUCCGGAUGCCAGGAGGCCUGCUGCACCGGUUCCGCCUCCGGAUCGACUGCAUCCCGGAGCGGGCGGAGUGGACGGCGGCAGAUCCAGCAGCAGGGCCAGCAACCCAAUUGCCACACCAGCCUGCUAACGCCCGAGAUGAUGAGCAACAAGACGAGCAAGGAGAUCUACAAGGACCUGGCCAAGCAGUGGGGCAUCACCUGCAAAAUGUCCGAGAGCUGUCGGUGCAUGGAGUGCCAGAGUCACUACUUCGACUGCGACUACGAUGAUAAUGAACACCAGAAGACGGAUGGCGGACUGGGCGCUGGAACGCCCAUGUUUAUCAGCGAGGUGAUGCACGGAUCUGGAUGCAACAUUUUGUAGGGGGACAAUAUCCAAAGGAUUCUCCCAGGGAUUUGCUGAACAACUACAAUUAUUACAAUGUACAUGUUUUUUGAGGGAAGCGCGUCAUUUCACGUAAUUAGCACUGAAUGUUUGCACAUUAUUUUAAGGUAAUGCUGCACUGAUAUACGUUAUUAUAGAGGGAAUCGAAAUCGAAAUCGAAUCGGUGAUCUAUGGAAGGAACAUUUAUGGAAUGCCAAUUGGCCAGCCGCUUUAGGGGCUUUAAAAGUGGGGGAAACAACUACCAGCGAAUCCAGCGGUAAAUAUAUAUUUUUGGUGUUAGCCGUAGGACUUAGGAGAAUCGGUGCGGAUUGAUUGAAAUUGGUUAGGAUGAAAUUACGAAAUUAAUUGAUAGGUAAUAUUACCCACCUUGCAGAUGAACAUCUAAAUAUCUUUGAGUGUGUUCUUAAUAUUUGGAAAUUUAUAUAUCCCAUUCAAAAGACUCUUGAAACGUUUUUUUGCCCAACCUUUUGAGCUUGUCAUCCCCGAUUUCUUCAUAAGAAUUCCCCUAGCUGCUUUACCCCUCAUUAAUAUUUAUAUGUAUUUUUCUAAAUGUACAGAAGAAGUGUAGAAGAUGGAAUACGACCCCCGAGAAAAGGUCAAACAGUAAGACGUGUGGCAUUCCAGUGCAUUCCAAACAGAACUCUAAGUGUUUUCAAAAAACAAAAUUUAGAAGAGUUCCAGGCGAAAGUACUAGUUAAACCGGAAGGGCCCGCUUAGAUAACGCUACUAGUCAAAGUUAUCCACACAUCAGCAAAACCAUAGAAUAAGCAUGUCGGCACUUUUGUGCCCGUUUUUAGACCCAAAUCGGUGGCGUUUUUUGGGGAAAUUAAAAAAAAAGCCUAGGCACUCUGCAAAUGCGAAACUAAGUUAACUUCAUCGAAAUGACGAUACGAACCUUAAUUACUCGAAGAAAAACAAACGAAUAUGCAAAACUUAGUCUGAAGGUUAAUAUGGUCCUUAUUUAGAAUCGUUGAAUGUUUAAUAUUUGCUUUACGUGUAUGCUAAAGAUUUUUUCCGAAGAUGAAGCUGGUUUCACUCGACAAAUCCACUUGAAUCUAACUUGAAAAUUGAAAAGAAUAGCGAAGCAAAAACCGACUAAGUCUGUUAGCUGUUAGAUGGAAGUAGAAAAUUACAAUGUAAAAUGAGUAGUAAAAUGCGAAAUCGAAAACAAGUACAUUUUCCAAAUAGCUGUGUAAGAAGAAGGCCGAAAACUCGCAUCAGUCUAGAAAUAAAUUCGAAAUGGAUCGUAGGAAUUGUAAGGAUUGUAUUUCGGGUUCAAAGUUGGUCUCCUGUGCUUUCAGAACCCUUAGGCGAGAGAAAGCAUAAGAAAAUAUAUAUGAAUGUACGAAUAUAUUAAACACCUCA